AUGAAGCGCUUUUUCCCAAUCAGGCGCUCAACCUCCACCAACAGUGGCAUUGAACAGGGAGACUCAGCAGAAGCCAUUAUAUCGAGAGAAUUGACUGCCUUCUGCGAAUCGGAUUCGAACUCAACCUCAAACGGCGCUUCGCGUGACGCGCAAGGCACCGAAUUCAUCCACCUCCCGAAGAUCGUCGAAACCGCCGAAUCCAGCCCCAAUGCCGCCAAGGAAGCAGCUCUGCGCAUUCGCAAGUAUCUCGCCGAUCCCGCCGGCACCCCAAACCACACCCAGUACAAUGCGAUCAUGCUCAUGCGUAUCCUGGCCGAUAACCCCGGUCACACAUUUACCCGCAACUUCGACGCCAAGUUCGUGACGACGAUCAAGGAAUUGUUGCGCACAGGACGCGAUUGGUAUGUACAGAGCUAUCUUCGCCAGUAUCUGGAUACUCUUGAGCAACAGCGCGGAUGGGACGAGGACCUUAAAUUGCUGCUGCAGAUGUGGGCGAAGGAGAAGAGCAAGGGUUCACGCGGUCUGGUAGGAAACAACACACUGGUACCCUUUAUGGGCUCUCGUCCUUUACUAACCCGUGCCCAGAUUGACCGAUUCCCAAUGGCUUCCAUCACAGCACCCCCGAUGCACCCAACACAUCCGAACAACCAACGUCCACCCCAGCCUCCGCCCAGAGCCCUUCCAGACCCAGUGGAACUGGCAGCCCGCAUCGAAGAAGCGCGCAAUUCAGCAAAACUGCUAACGCAGUUCGUCCAGUCCACGCCACCCCUCGAGCUGGAGGACAACGAUCUCAUCAAAGAGUUCGUCGACCGCUGUCGGACAGGCUCCCGCGUAGUCCAGAGCUACAUUCAUGCCAGCAACCCCGCUCCGGACGAGGACACGCUGUUGACACUGAUUGAGACGAAUGACGAGAUCUCGGUUGCGCUCUCGCAGCAGCAGCGCGCUAUGUUGAAGGCGCGCAAGAUCAGAGGCUCGUCAUCCCCGAGCUCGUCGAACGUUAACAGUCCCUCGCCGACGUCCCAGGUCGUCUCCUCCGGCUCUGGUAACCAUGCUGCGCCACGGCCUUCAGCCCGGAGCCCGGAGCCUCCUGCUGGAGUGCCGGAGCUGCCUUCGACGGUUAUGACGGGUGGCCGGGGACAUGCUUCUAAUAAUGCGACGGCAACUGGGUCGAGCAGUCGAUAUGAAUAUAAGGCUGAGGAUUUCCAGGUGCGGAAUCCUUUUGCUGAUGACUAUGCUACGAACGAUUCGGAUCAGGAGACGAGUCGGGUGCAGCCUACUGAGCAGAAGCGCUAG